GAUCGAGUACGCACACAGGUCAUUGUAUCAUAUAGCUUUUGUGCUCUCCACUUCAAAAAGAUGGCUUAAAAAAUAUUACUAGAAAUUAAAGAAAACCCAAAUGGGUCCAAAAACUAGCAAAUUAGCAGCAAAAUUAGCAAUGAUGCGUUAUUAGCCAAAGAGUCACCAAACACAAACAAAAAGCAUGUGGGAUCCAGGUAUUUGCUUCCGUACCAUCAGCGGUACUCAACAUGUACCCAAACCCCCAAAGCCCAUUUCCCCGUUUUUAUAAAUACUCCCCUUCUCUUCCUCAUUUCCUCCUCACACUUUCCCAACCCACAACCUUCCCUUCUUACUAGAACCUACUAAAUACCCUUUUAUUUCUUUCUUUUUUUUUUUUUUAUCAUUUUCUGUCUUCCAAAAUCAAUUUUUUGUGGCUUCUCCAAUUCUGUUUCUUGAUUUCAGAUUGGAUUUUUUCCUUUCUUCAUUUAUUAAAUUUUUUUUGAGGUGGGGGAUUUUGUUCCUCCCAUCCCAUGAGUGAGGCAGGGGAUUCAUUAUUAAUAUUGGUUGGUGGUUUCAGUAAUUAUUAUUACAGCAGCAGCAAAAACCAUGGUUCGUGUGAUGAUGCUAGAAAAUAUCACAGAUUUCUCGCCGCCGCCGCCCCAAUUCCAUGUCGACUCUUCAUCCCGGCCGUCACUCGGAUUUCCUCUCGGAACGGCGCUUCUGUUAAUCAUCAUCUUUAGCUUGAGCGGGAUCUUCUCUUGCUGUUACCAUUGGGACAAGCUCCGAUCUUUCCGCCGCUCUUUUGCUGACGCCGAUGCUGAUGAAGAUGACGAUACCACCAAAGCCAAGCUAGCCCACAUGGAUUUGAAGCCGACUCAGAGCCAGAGUUUGCCGGUGUUGAUGCCGGGGGAUGACGUUCCGAAAUUCAUAGCAAUGCCGUGUCCAUGCGCGCCGCCGAAGCUGGAAAAUAUAGUCGUCGAGGUCCCGGAGAAGAAGCCGCCAGCGCCCACGCCGAAGCCGCCGACAAUGGCGGUCCCUUUGUAUUAAUUUUGUCCAUUUCUUGUACAGAACAUGUAUAAUGGUUUCACCUCAAAAAAAUUCAUCAUAAUCCUUUUUUUUUCUUUUUCCCUGAAGAUUCUUCGUAGACGUUCGAAAACCAUCGGCCAAAUCACUGUUAAUUAUAUACGAGGGUGACAAAAUUUUCGUCUUUUAACAUUUUCCAGAUAAUUAUAUUGGCUUCUUGAUUUUUUUUUUCCAGCCCACUUAAAACACAAAAUUAAGAAACAAAACGAUGUAAUUUUAUAUGGUGCUCACUUGAUUCGUAAUUUUUUUUUUCCAAAAAAAUGCAUCUGGUUCAUGAAAAUACAAGGGGCGAAGAGGGCUACUAGCGUUUUUUUUUACUUUGGCAGUUUUGGAAUUUCAUAAUUAAUGGACAUCUUUCCUGAGGAUGGUAGUUUAGGAAAGGAGAAUAUGUUGUUUAUGGCAAUAAACAACAAGUACGUGUUUAAUAAACUAGUCUUUUGACUGGGAUUCCACUUCCUUUAAACCUUUGAACAAAUGAUUUGGAGCUUUAUUCUAAGCGAUUAUUAGCCAAGUGUGUAGUACUAUAAAAUACUGCAAUUUGGGGUUGGUUGCCAUUGUUUUCUCCACGUCAAUUCCAUUGUACCACUCUUACCGGAAGAUGCAAAGAGGAUGGUACUCCCUCCGUCCCA